AUGAACGACGCGCCACUCGACAACGUUGAGAACCACGACUAUGUACUCGGCCCUCGCAGUAACCCCGUGAGGCUGAGUCGCAAAGCUGCUGUGAAGCGCAGUAGCACGAAAGAGAGAAAGGCGGAGACUGAGAGACACGACAGUAAGAUGCAGAGCACCCACGUCCGCGCGAAGACUUCUUCCAACGUUCCAGUUAUCCGAAUCACUGGGAGCACGCCACCCUUCUUACGCCGCUUUAGCUUCGAUGAAACACCCAAUGAGCUCUCGUUCAACCUCGCCAGGCUCUCAAACUCACCUGAUUUCGAAGAUGUCCCGCUCAGUCCUGUGGCUGGUUCAGAGCCGGUCAAAUCGCCUCAACCGCAGCUGCCCGUCCAGGAACAGCGGAGCAAUGGAGGGACCGGGGAUAAGCUAGAGGAAAGGAUGAGAAAUCAGGAGGUGGAGAGAGAGCAACGCCAUGUUCCGACGACUUUUGAUCAGAUAUUGGGCGAGAAGAGGAUUCCGACCGCAUUGUUGUAG